GAGCCAAAACUUUUCCUGCCUGCUAGUUGCCACAUAGCAGACAUUUUUUCCCAUCAGCUUUGCACUGCAUAGUUGAAAUACUUUCAGUUUUUUUUUCAUUUUUAUAAUUAUUUCAAGUUAAUUUGAUCUGACAAUUUUAGUUUAUUGUUUAAUUAAUUAUGGAUGAUCUAGUGAGUUUAAUAAACCAAUGGAAUAUAAAUCGAGUUGAGCUAUUUGCUUUAAGUUUACCAAAUGAAAAUGGUGAAUUUUGUGGAGUUAUGCGUUUUUGUUACCAGGAUGCGGGUCAGAAAGUUGCUACAAAGUGUGUCCGUGUUUGUAGCAAUGCUACAACUUUAGAUGUUAUAGAUUCUUUAAUUGAAAAGUUUAGAGCUGAUAUUAAGAUGCUGUCAGUUCCACAGUAUGGAUUAUAUGAAAUCCACGAAAAUGGUGAAGAGCGUAAACUUGAUGAUGAUGAAAGGCCAUUGUUGGUUCAACUUAAUUGGCACAAAGAUGAUAGAGAAGGAAGAUUUUUAUUGAAAAGGAUUGAUGAAAAGUCAACUGGAGAAUCUGGUACAUUAACCCGAAAAUUAUCAAAAAGUGGAAAGAAGGAUAAGAAAAAGAAAGAGAAGAAUGAAGAAUCGAAAGAAAGUAGCCUUGCUGGAAAACUUUAUGAUGAGUUGCCUGAAACUUGUUUCACUCGAAGUAUUUCUAAUCCGGAAGCUGUCAUGAAAAGAAGAAGAAAACAAAAGCUUGAAAAAAAGCUUCAACUUUUACAACAAAAUGGACCUGAUGCUGGAGGGACUCUUCGCAUUUUUGGAGAAUGUCUUAAUCCAGAUGUACCUUACAAGACGUUGCUACUUUCAGCUAAAGACACAGCCCGCUAUGUAGUUCAACAAAUUUUGGAAAAAUACAGAGAAAUUGGUAAUUUCCAAGAAGCUGAACCUGCUUCUAGCUAUUGUUUAGUUUUGGUUAUUGAGCCUCCGCAAGAUAGAUUAAUACAAUAUGUUCUAGAUGACAACGAUUGUCCUUUAGCCAUCAAACAAAAACAUAAUCCUGCACGAGGUCAGCUAACUUUUCACAUCAGAAAAAGAUCUGUUGAUUGUCAGCCUCAAAUAACACCAGGAUCACCACAAGUUCCAUCGCAAAUUCCAUCACAACUCCCACCACAAGUUCCAACACAACAACUCCCACCACAAGUUCCACCACAAUUCCCUCCACAACUCCCUCCACAGAUUCCAUUACAACUUCAAUCACAGCUUCCACUUCAAAUUCCAGUACAACUUCCAACACAAGUUUCAUCACAACUUCCAUCACAAUCAUCACAGUCAUCACAAUCAUCGCCUCAAUUAGCCCUCCAAUCUCAUUCGAUGCGAAAAAUGACACAAUCACAUUCAAUGUUGCCUCCACCUUAUCAUCAUACCAUAGAUCUUGGUCAUAGAAUUUAUGACAAUUUGCAUGGUGUUGCAUCAUCGUCUAUGAGCCAUUUUCCAUCACCAUCACCAUCACCUGUUCCUUUCACAAUUCAGCUACGAAAAAGUGGUAGUGGUUUAGGUUUCAGCAUUGUCGCUGCUCGAAGUUUAAGGACAGGUCAAAUAGGAAUUUAUGUAAAAUCUAUUAUCAAAGGCGGUACUGCUGACCUAGAUGGACGUCUCCAACCUGGAGACCAACUAUUAUCAGUAAAUAAUCAUUCACUUAUUGACAUGCCUCAAGAAAAAGCUGCAAAAUUGAUGACUCAAUCUUCUAUCGUAAGAUUAGAAGUAGCAAAACAAGCAGCUUAUUAUAAUGGACUUGCUACUUUCCUCAACGAAGUUCAAAGGGCUACUCCUCAGCUACCAUCACAGCUACCAGCACAGCUACCACCUCAAUUACCCCCUCAAUACCCAGCACAUCUUCCACCUCAGCUAGCACAUCAACAACUGCAUCUACAACAACAGCUACUACAACAACAACAACCGCAUAUGCAUCCACACCAGAUGCAACCACAGCAUAUGCAACAACAUCAACAACCUCAUCAACAACCUCAUCAACAACCUCACCAACAACCUCACCAACAACCACACCAACAACCACAUCAACAACCACAUCAACAACCUCACCAACAUCCACAUCAACACCAACAACCACAUCAACAUCAACAACCAAAUCAACAACUUCACCAACAAACACAUCAACAUCAACAGCAUUAUCAACAACCUCAUCAACAACCUCAUCAACAACCUCAUCAACAACCACAUCAACAACCUCAUCAACAACCACAUCAACAACCACAUCAACAACCACAUCAACAUCAACAACAGCAACCAAAUCAACAACCAAAUGAGCAACUACAUCAACAACAGCAACAACAAAUCCAGCAACCAAAUCAACAGCAGCAUCAACAACCAAAUCAACAACCAAAUGAGCAACUACACCAACAACAAUCACAGCAAGUGAAUCCUCAUCACCCCUUAAUUAACUGUGCUUCCUUGCUGAAAGAAAUUAGUGAGGCUCUUGAAAUGGAAGAUGAAAAUGACCCAGCAAAGAAUUUCCAAAGUUAUGGUCCAAAUGUUAUUGGCGCCCAUGAAAUUUAUAAAGAUCCUAGAGAAAGAAUCGAGGCUGAAAAAAUGAAAACUCAACCUCAGAAGAAAAUUAUUGCUGGCCCUGAGAAGCUCACUUUUAAAGAAAAGUUGCAAUUAUUCGCUGAAGAAUAA